CGCCGGACCAAGGCGGCGACUCUAACGGGAGGCGUGGCGGAGAUACCUGGUUCCCCAAAAAGCCAGCUCUCACCAAGACUCCCUGAUGCCUACACCCUGGGAGCGUUAUGGAUUUGACUAAGAUGGGUAUGAUCCAGCUGCAAAACCCCAGCCAUGCCACGGGGCUGUUGCAGAAAGCCAACCAGAUGCGCUUGGCUGGGACCUUGUGCGACGUGGUGAUCUUGGUGGACAGCCAGGAGUUCCACGCCCACCGGACUGUCUUGGCUUGCACCAGCAAAAUGUUUGAGAUCCUGUUCCACCGCAGCAGCCAGCGCUACACCUUGGACUUCCUCUCGCCAAAGACCUUCCAGCAGAUCCUGGAAUACGCCUACACGGCCACCUUGCAGGCGAAAGUGGAAGACCUGGAUGAUCUCCUCUACGCGGCCGAGAUCCUUGAGAUCGAGUACCUGGAGGAGCAGUGCCUAAAGCUCCUGGAGACCAUCCAGGCCUCCGAAGACAAUGAUGUCGAGGUCAGCAUGGCCGAUGGUGGUGCGGAGGAGGAAGAGGAGCGCAAGACGAGAUACGUGAAAAAUAUCCUCCUCUCCAAGCAUUCCAGUGAGGAGAGCGGCUACUCCAGUUUGGCCAGCCACAGGCUGACGGGGGCCAUGGUGGAACAGAGCCCCUCCGUCUCCACCUCCUUCGGCCUCUCGGCCAUGAGCCCCACCAAAGCGGCCGUCGACAGCUUGAUGACCAUCGGCCAGUCCAUUUUGCAAGGGGCGCUGCAGCCCGGCGCCCCCGAGGACUCGCACUUUGCCGGCAGCCACCCCCUGCAGGGCGUGUCCGAGGUGAAGACGGAAGCCAUGCAGGUGGAGGAGGCACCCGGCCACGGGAGCCCACGGACAGCUGAGUCCAGCACCUCUACGGGGGACAAGGCUGAGGAUAAAAGCAAGCAAGGGCCCGGCACCCCGACGCGAAGCAGCGUCAUCACGAGCGCCCGCGAGCUUCAUUAUCCCCGGGACGAAAAUGCUGAGCUGCUCCCUGAGGCGGUCCCCGGGGCGCCCCUGGGUCCGGAGCUCAUGCUGUCUCGCGGGGAGAAGCCCAUGGGCAUCUAUUCCAUGCUGCCCAAUCACAAAAACGACUCUUCCAUGCUCAGCAUUCCCUCCUCCAUGGGGCCUGCGCUGCACGUGCAGCCGGCCCUCGCGGUUUCCAUGGACUUCAGCGCCUAUGGGGGGCUCCUUCCACAAGGCUUCAUCCAGAGGGAGCUUUUCAGCAAGCUCGGCGAACUGGCCGUGGGUAUCAAAACAGAAAGCCGGAGCGGCGGCGAGCAGUGCAGCGUCUGUGGGGCAGAGCUGCCGGACAACGAGACGGUGGAACAACAUAGGAACCUGCACAGCGGGAUGAAGACUUAUGGGUGUGAAUUGUGUGGGAAACGCUUCCUCGACAGCCUACGCCUUCGGAUGCACUUACUGGCUCAUUCAGCGGGUGCCAAAGCCUUCGUCUGCGAUCACUGCGGUGCACAGUUCUCUAAAGAAGAGGCCUUGGAGACCCAUCGGCAGACACACACCGGCUCUGACAUGGCAGUGUUCUGCCUUCUGUGCGGGAAACGGUUCCAGACACAGACCGCUCUGCAGCAACACAUGGAGGUGCACGCCGGAGUCCGCAGCUAUAUUUGCAGCGAGUGCAACCGCACUUUCCCUAGCCACACAGCCCUCAAGAGGCACCUCCGCUCCCAUACAGGCGACCACCCGUACGAGUGUGAAUUUUGUGGCAGCUGCUUCCGGGAUGAGAGCACUUUGAAGGGCCACAAACGCAUCCACACUGGAGAGAAGCCCUAUGAAUGCAACGGGUGUGGGAAGAAGUUCAGCCUCAAGCAUCAGCUGGAGACACACUAUAGGGUCCACACAGGCGAGAAGCCCUUUGAGUGCAAGUUGUGCCACCAGCGGUCCCGAGACUACUCUGCCAUGAUCAAGCACCUCAGGACCCACAACGGCGCUUCCCCCUACCAGUGCACCAUCUGCCUGGAGUACUGCCCAAGUCUUUCCGCCAUGCAGAAGCACAUGAAGGGCCACAAGCCAGAAGAGAUCCCCGCCGACUGGAGGAUAGAGAAGACCUACCUGUACCUCUGCUAUGUCUAGAACGGACAAGGGGGAGCAGGGAAAGGAGAUGGUUGGGAAGGACUGGGCAAACCCCCUCCUCUGAACCCUCUUGGGCUCCGUUUCUCUUCCUCUUCCGUUUGGCUCCCUUUCUUUCCUCCCUCCUCCCUCCAAUUCUGCUUCCACCACUAGGCUUUGCUGCCCGCCUUCUUCCCAGCUCUUCAAGGGGUUUGUGAUAAUGUUGAAGGGGAACCAAGGCAGGAAGGGGGGACGGUUUGGAGUCCUCUAGCCCUGAGCGCCACAAGAAUAGGCCACUGUCCAGCCCUUGACUGAGGUUAAGCUGUGAGUUAAUCCCCUACCGCUUUGCGUCCGUGUCUCCGUCCACAUCUGGACCUGAGGGACAGAAGGCCUGGCACAGCUGGAGGGCUCAGCUGCCAGGCAGCUUUGGCUUCAGCUUCUUCCAUGUUGCAAGUGGCAGCCAGGUCUUCUCCUUUUUCUGGUGCCAUGGUUUCCCCCAAGGAACCUUAGGAGCUGCGAUGUUUCCAGGACCCCAAAAGUCCCCUGGCAGAUGUUGUUUGUCCUGCUGUACCAGCUCCCAUGGCCAUGGACAGGGCUAUAUUUGUGAUGGUGAUGAGAGUACACAGGUCACCCCCUGCCCAUCAUCAUCUCUGCUACAAGGAAACUAGUCUGACCUUCGCACGUUCACAGAAUCAUCUCUGGACACCGUCCACUGUACACAUUCUCUGUUAGGACAUUUGGGGAGGGACGUAGAGAGAUGUGUCCUCCUUUCCUAGUCCCUACACAAAGGAGGGCCUGGAGAGGUCAGUACCUGGCCCUUGUUUAGAUCCCAACCCAUCCCACCUUGUGAUCCUUGGGAGUGCCAGUUGGAAGGGGCUUCUCUGUGGAGCAUGCGCCUUCCCCCAAAGCUUUUGUCCGCCUCCCACUGUGACGGACGAGCCCACCAGCCGCUCCAAGCCAUUCCCUAGGGUGAGAACACAUUGUUGUGAAGAGCUGAGGCCUCUAGAAAGUUGGGGAAGGGGCACCCCUUAGGAGAGCUGGAAGUGCCAUGGAGGAAUCUGUCUGUGGGAGCCCGUGGGAGCUGAUGGUCCUUGGAGCCUGGUGUUUGUGCCCCUAGCUUUCCCCAGGAGGCCUCAUGGGGUGUCCUUCUCAGGAGGCCCUUUUGCUGCAGGCUGAGUGAGUGAUCAAGAUCUGGGGCUGACUUUGGCCAUGGGUGGGGCAUCUUGGAAGGUCAUCCUUUCCAAGCUGUGGGCCAUGCAGGAGCAUGGAUGCCAACAUAGAGGCCCCUUCCUUCUUGUCUUCUCCAAGUUUGGCCUAAAGCUUCACCACAGUUGUGUUAUUAAGGCAUGUAAGAGUGUGGCCCUGGUGCCACGCGUAGUUUCCGACUCAGCUCUCCCUGGUCCUCAUUUGGUUACGAUUGCUGGACACCUCUAGGAAUGUCAUUUACCUUUUAAAGAAGUCACAGGGUUCACUUGCCCCACUCGACACCCGAAACUCUCCAUUUCUCAAACCUGGACACGGCUUCCAUUAUGUGUCUUGAGACCUGACAGAGUUCACCCACCCUGAUCCUCAGGUGAAAGGGGCUGCCCACAGAAAAGCCUGGCUUUGAGUUGACAAGAAGAACCCAGCUCCCCUGUAGGCAUCUCCUUUCAGCCACAGUCCUUUCUCUCUCCUGACCAAAGACCAUCCUAUUCAUUUUAUUUUUAUUAGGGAAGUGUGUGGGGAGGUAAGUGGAGGUCAGCUCAGAUGAGAGGGACAAGGGAGGAACCACCCACCUUUGCACACCGGUUCAUCCAAGUGGUCCACCAUCUCGGAGGAGAGCAUAAAAUCAGAAUUUCUGCCCAGCCCCUCCCAGGUGAUGUGAGAAACAGAAGAAGCUUGGAGAAAACCCAACCCUUUCUAGUAAGAAUAACCCAGUGAGCCCAGGGCUCCUUGGUGAACAGGAAGCUGCACAGAUCUCGGAAAACUUUUUUUUUUCUGGGACUACCGAUUGCAGAAUCCCACAGAUAACAUGGGCACCAGAAGGGUGUCAUGGACUGAAAAGCUCUGGGAGAUUAGCCCACAUUCACUCAUUUCCCAUUUUUUUU